AAACCCUACAUUUUCAUUCAUUAUCCUCCUCCAAAAGUCAGCAGCAGCAGUUGCCCCUAUCUCUCUUCUCCUCCAGCGAAACCAGAGGAGGCAUCAGCACCUCCUCUUCGUUGCUCUCUUCGUCUUCUCCCUCAGCAGCUCUCCCUCCUCUAUCCUCUCUUCUCUUUCUCCGGCGAGGACGUAUAACAACAACAUGCAGCAUCCAGGCGAGGAGCAGCAAUAGCUGACGCCAUCAGCAGCUCCGACUGGUGAAACCACCAGAGAUGUAGGCAAGUCCGUCCGAAAACGUAACAGAUCGCUUUUCCUCUCCAUUUUCCAGCGAGAGCUCCGACACCAAUAACAAGCAGCCGCCGACGAGAAGCAAAACCAGCAUCAGCCUGUGCUUCCCCUCCAUUUUUCUCCGACGUGAACAGCAAAGCAGCAGCAGGUAGUGAAGUAUAACUCCGGCAAAAUCAAAUUUGUUAGAGACGAAUCUCUAUAGAUCCGUCCAUGUAUGCGCUUUUUCCCCAGAGAGAGAGUGACUGAGAAGACAGACUGUAACGAUUCGAUCAGAAAUGCUGCACGGCGACAAAUCUCCCAUGGGGAAAUGGGUCGCCUCAUCAUUCAUCCUAACUAUAUUACUCUUCUUCUCCAUUGCGGAAUCCACCAACAAUUCUCAGGUUCGAUGUAGCAAAACAUGUGUAGCAGAGAACUGUAAUUCAAUUGGAAUCAGAUACGGGAAAUAUUGCGGAGUAGGGUGGAGUGGUUGUCCAGGGGAGAAACCUUGUGAUGAUCUAGACGCCUGCUGUAAGAUUCAUGACGAAUGUGUAGAGAAAAAUGGUAUGACCAAUGUUAAAUGUCAUGAGAAGUUCAAGAGAUGCAUAAAGAAAGUGCAGAAGUCUGGGAAGGCCGGGUUUACUAGAGAUUGCCCCUAUGAUGUAGCUGUUCCAACGAUGGUACAGGGUAUGGACAUGGCUAUUUUGUUUAGCCAACUUGGAAACUCGAAGCUUGAACUUUGAUCAUUUCACUCUGCUAGUGAGAAACCGUAUACUUGAAAUGCUUGCAUUAACCAUUCCUUGCUGCUUCAAUUGUACAACAGGAAUUUUAUUCAUCUCUUUUUAGGAGCUUUUCCUUUUUUAGAUGUCCAUUUUGUAUUAGCGCCAAAGACGUAGCUAUUCCAUUGUUAAGGUUUAUCAGUGGAGGUUUCUGUAUGUCUAAUUGGUACCACUGUUCAUUAGUGGUUUUUGAAUAGGAAGAGACUUGACAAAUUCAUGUUGAUUGGCUGCUGGAUAAGCUGCAUAGUAGACACCUGCUAGUUUUGCUGAGGUUUAGAGGAAUGGAUCAGAUUUGCCCCUCUACAACAAUAACAAUUUAUCUAGUAUAAUCCCAUAUUUGCCACUCUGUUGAUAAACAUAAUAUAUAUUGAAGAUUCGUUAUA